AUGACCUCCCAGCUUCUGGCGUCUGAGCUCGCCAAUCUCGUUCAAGAGAGCAAGCGAAAGCACAACGACCUGCGCCAGGCCGCCGAAAAAUCACUCGAUGAGCUGAAGAGUAUAAGGGCACCGUCAGAAGCUCAAAUAUCUGACGAACUCGCCCAGCGCCCAAACUUCGUCAACCCCUUUAUCAUUGCAUGUGGCACCAAAAAUGCGAAGUUCACUGGCAUCGCCAUCGUCUGUCUCCAGCGGCUUAUUAUCUCCCGGGCACUCCCACGGUCCCGAUUAAGCCAGGUCCUUGAGGCGCUGCAGCAGGCAACGUCAGCAGGCCUCGAUGUCCAGCUCAAAAUCCUCCAAGCACUCCCUGCUUUGCUCGCCAACUAUUCUGCCGAUGUCAAGGGCGACCUACUGAUCACCGCCUUGAACGUUUGCUUCAUACUUCAGUCCAGCAAAAAUGCCAUCGUCAACAAUACAUCUGCUGCGACACUGCAGCAGCUGGUUGUCUCCGUCUUCGACAAGGUCGUGGCUGAGGACAAAUCUGGCGUCGACUCACCUCCUGCUGGCGAAGUUCCCAUGCGGAAUGGCUCUGCUCCGCUCCGAGCCGCUGCCAUGGAUGCGUACAGGGUGAGCCAACGACCUGAGUACCUCAGGUUCUCGGGGCUCGCCCAGACUUUUGGCCUAGAGUUGAUAGAGUCGGUGCUGACGAACCACGCCGCGAUCUUCACAACCCAUGUUGAGCAGGCCGACAUCCUACGUACGAGAGUGAUGCCAUUUGUCACCAGCGCACUCCGUAGCAGAUUAAACUUCGCAACCAGCGUCCGCAUCGUCCGCAUACUCUACACACUCCUACGGCAUCACCUCUCCAUCCUGCCGUCAGAGAGCGGGGAUGCCCUUGUGAUCUUGACCCAGCUCCUUGACCAAGAUACAACGGUCUGGAAGCGUUCGUUGUGCAUGGAGGUGUUUCGGGGCAUUUUCGCCGAGCACGCCCUACUUCGCCGCAUUUUCAUGCUCUUCGAUGCGCAGGAAGGCCGGAAAAGCAUCCUAAAGAACUUGACAGCCACGUUUGUCCGUGUCAGCACAGAAAAGCCAUCGGUCAUUGGCUUGGGUCAUCAAUCCACUAUCCCUGUUUCCAGCUCCGGCGCUGGUCAGUCAAGCGACCAGGUAAUGCUUGAUGCGAGUGGCAUGACUGGCAUCAUAGCUAGCUCGGUCAGUUCUGAUGGCCACAACACCGGAAUCAGCAACCAUUGGAGCAUCAUGCGAGUUCCCUGCAUCGACCAACUCGACAAAACCGAGGCCCCUACGAUCCCUGAGUCUUAUGUCUACAGCCUCACUCUGGCUUGUAUCAUGUCCCUGUCGGAAGGCCUUGCUAAGUUCAUCCUUCCCCUCACUGCCCCGAGUGAUGGCCGGAGAAGACGAGGCGCGAAGCAAGAGGUUGGACGCGACUCGCCUGCUCCUCAAUCAGACGAAACCGCAGAAAAGCUGGAACGCUCCGCAUCGUUCAAGAGGAACCCGGUGCCCGUUAACCCCUUAACACUCGAGAGCCACCCACUUUACCCAGAAGUCAGAGUCUGCGCCGGCUUCAUCGACGAGUGUUGGCCCGCUAUCCUCGCGACUUGCUCGACCUUCCUUUACGCUGCUCUGGAUUCCGAGUACUACCAUGGCCUUGUCCGGGCAUUCCAAAAGUUCGCCCAUGUUGCCGGUUUGCUGCAGCUGACAACUCCACGAGAUGCGUUUCUGACCACUCUGGGAAAAGCCGCUGUUCCUCCAAACGUUGUGACCGCGUGCAUGAAUGCUGGCCCGAUGCGGCCUCCGCCAAGCCCGGGAGUCACGGAAGGGACAGGAAACAUCUUCAGCAAUGCACGGGGAUUGCUGAGCGUCGAGAGCCUCGUCAGCCCGACACUUGGGGUUGACAGGCAGAGACAGCAUUCCAUGGACAUCAACAGUACCACCUUGAACACCCGGAACUUGCUCUGCUUGAGAGCUCUUCUGAACCUCGGCAUCGCUCUAGGUCCGACGCUCUCCUCAUCUUGGAGUAUCGUAUUGGAGACUCUACAGCAAGCCGACUUCGUCAUGUUCUUUUCCGGGAAGGCCGCAGGGAGGACGCCACUGGCUGCUAAGGGUCCGGAUCGCGAAGCUGAGCAGGAAGCGAGCGCCCUGCUCGCCAAUUUCAACACAGAGAUACGAGCGGUUGAGACGGCUGCGUCUCGUCUCUUUGAGAGCACGGUUGACUUUCCGAAUGCAGCUUUUGUGGAGGUUGUAGAGGCAGUAUGCAGCCUGAUCCAACAUAGCGAGCCAGCUUCAGAGGCGAGCAGCCGGCCCCAGUCACCGCCUUCUACACCCGGCCUUAAGAUGGCUGUACUUCCCGGGAAGCGGGUGCUCAGCAUCGCCUCGCCCGCUUCGGCAGGUCCAAACCAGGAGAACCAGUUUGCCUUGUCCAAGCUUGGUGACCUGGCGUCUAUCAACAUUGAACGGUUGCUCGCAUAUCCGCCCGAGGUGUCCGGUUGGACGCCAUUGACGGCUGAGCUUAUCAACACUCUGAGCUCAGGAUUUAAUACCGCUCCCGUCAGAGCGCGCGCGGCGGAAACACUCGUUCGUAUUCUCCUGGAGGAAGCCAACGCUAUCGCGUCUCAGCCAGAGGAAGUACGACACGAGAUCCAGAGGCGGCUCCUUGAGGCAUUCCGCGACUCCCUUCUUCCCCUACAGGCGCAGGACCGUGAAGCGUCUAUUGCAAGCCAUGCAGCGGACGUGGACAUGCACAAGAUUAUCUUGGAAGGUCUCAAAAGUCUACUCGAGAAUUGCGGCGAGUCAUUAAUAAGCGGCUGGGAGCUCACGUUCGAGAUUAUUGACACCAUCUUCAUUACCCGUAACCUCGGCACCGAAACCGAACGGGAGGUAUCAGGUCAGAGAACUGCUGUCCUAACAAGGGCCGUCAAGCUUAUACGGCCGUCGUUCGCAUCACUGCAGCUGAUAUGCUCCGACUUUCUGCCUUCGCUGCCUAAUACUUGCUUUCUCAACCUCGUCGAUACCCUGUACAAAUUCUGCACGCAAGAUGACGAACUUAAUGUGGCGUUGACAACUGUCACGUUUUUCUGGGCCAUUUCGGAUUUUCUCUCCGGGAAGAGCAAGUCCAUGUCCAUUACAGAAGAGAUGAUGCAGGACUCUGCAGACAACACGUUGAUUCGAAUUGCAUCGCAGCCGUUCGAGGACGGGUCGGCCGCCGCGCUAUGGAUGCUUCUUCUCCUGAGGCUUACCUCUGUGGCGACGGACCAAAGACUAGAGCUCAGGAACAGCGCCAUCCAAACGCUGAUGCGCAUAAUGUCUGCGUAUGGCGAAAGCCUCAGCCCGGAGGCUUGGUCGGUUUGCAUGAACGCGGUCAUCUUCAGCCUUCUGUCUUCGGUAGAAACCGAGUUGAAUGCCCUCAGCUCGCUUCCUACGAAAGGCAAGAACCAGGAUGAGUGGCAAGAGACAGCGAUCGUAGUCACACAGGGGGUAUCGGAUUUGUUUGGGUCUUACCUCAAUGUACUCGCCGCUCAUCGAAGCUUCCCGGAAACCUGGCGCGAUCUAAUCAACCAUUUCCGGACUCUACUGGACCUUGAGAUUCUCGAUAUCAGCGCUGCUGCUUACAGCGCCCUCCGCGACAUUCUCCACAGGUGUGGAGGACAAGAGAGGCCGAGCGUUGGGAGAGAUAGCCUCGACCUCGCUUGGGAUCUGUGGUCUCGGCGAGUGCCUGUGCCUGAGAGCUCGAGAGACGACAAGUCAGCAGACAACCAGAAAUGCCUGCUAGUUUGGGUCGAGUGCUUUUUAGAGCUGUAUUCCCUGAUUCAGAACGACUUCAGCGUUGAGGGUGUUCCCAGCUUGCUCAUCCUCCUACGCGAAGCCAUGCAGCACGCAAACCCUGGGGCAUAUGCCAGCGACGUCGAGUAUGUUACGCCGCUACAAGGCAAGAUCCUGGAGGUCUUCCGCACGAUGCGCACAGAAUCUCAAGGUGUUCCGUCUGCUAUGAUCACGCAAGUUGCAGAGUUUGUCUCAUUAGCCUACGAUCAAGAAGACGCAGCCAAGGCAGCAGCGGAGAGGCGGACGUAUGUGGCCAUGUCAAAGGAGAGCAUGUCCAUCCUCCAGUCCUUGAUCGUGAAGCACGCCUCACAACGGGACAUUUACGAGACGGGAGCGUUUGCCACGGCGUUGGCCGCCCUCGCUAAACCGAUCGUCCUUAAAUAUCAGUUCAAGAUAACCACAAAGACUAAUUCCCCGUGGAAGACAGCGACAGAGGCCGCCUUGGCCGUGCUUGACGCAGCACUUCCUCACCUUCACAGCAUCGAACUACCUCAAGCGACAGUCCGGGAAAUCUGGCAGAUCAUCAUAUCCAUCGCCAACGGCAUCAUCAGCGCUGGCUUGGCCGCUCCUGUGACAGCCGCCACCGACAUCAUGGACGACCAACAGUUCGACAUCAUUUCAUUCGGCAAACUACGCAAGCUCAUCAUCCCGACCCUUGGAGCCGAGGUAAUUCCUGAUGAAACUAGGAAAGCGUACGCCGAGGGACUGUUCCGCACAUCUAUCAUCCACCCGCCUACUCCGGCCGAAGCCGCGGUCAUCGAUGGGAACAAUGGGGCUGAUCCGACACGUCUGAAGUCGCUGUACAAGAAACGCAUCGGCCGCACCAUCGAUCCUCCACCAACCAUGCGCGACCUCAUGAGCGCGGUCUGCCUGGACGAACUUUUCUCGCUUGUCGAAGUCCAAGAUGAAGAGAAGCGCACGUCGGACGCCGCAAGCGCUUCAGAGCCGAUCCACGAGCUACACGUCCGCCUCGCCCGCAUCGCCGCACCGUAUCUCAUCCUCCGCUGUGCCCUCACCCUCCGCAGCUACGUCGCCGACCAACCGCUACGGGGGCGCAUGCCACAGCCGCUGUCGCAGCGCAAGGAGCUGGCCCGUAUCCUGCGCAGUCUGGUUGGGUUGCGCUCAGAGCCGGACGCGAUUCCGGAUGCGCCGAACGUGGAUAGCGAGACGCGGAAGCACCUGUUCAGGUUGUAUCCGCUGCUGGUUAGUGCGGUGCAGGUCGCCGGCACGGCCGGGGAUCAGAUGGUGCUGGAGCUGAUCAGGGAGGCGCUGGAUGUGGUGGGCGGGGAGUUUGGCAUUUGA